UGCGCCAUCUGUGCUCUCGUAGAUAAGAGUAAACAGAUGGCGAAAUCGAGUUGAUUUGUUGAUAUUGAGUGGUUUAGGGUGGGAGUUGUGUUUUGCUCAGUUUUAUUGCGGUCUUUAACUUAUUAACUUCAUUGAAAAUCGCAAAAAACAUGGAUUGUGAUGUGCAAACUUUGAUAUCAGGGGAUCAUGCCAACGCCCUAGUAGCUCUAAACAAUUUUCUAGCAAAGAGUUCCAAGUCCUUCAGCUUCCCUGAACUCAAUCAAAAUAAUUAUAGAAAAAAUCUUUGGCAGUCACUUGGUCAAAUAUUAAUCAAUAAAAAGCAACAUGAUCUGCACUUGAAUACAUUAUCUGCUAUUCGGAUAUUAAGCCGAGAUAAGACUGGUUUGAAUGAACUGGUCACAACAAAAUUGCUGGAUUCAAUAGUAAAUCAUGCCAAUCUCAGUAAAGAUGCCAAUCAAUUCGCAGAACCAAAUUAUGAAUUGAAUGUGGAGGCCUUAAAAUGCCUCUCAAACAUCAUUUACAAUAGUGAAGUUGCUGUUGCAAUGAGCUGCAAAAAUGCAACUAUUGAGGCUAUAAUUAUGAGACUUCGCACAUACAGGGAUUCCAUGUUGCCAACAGAAAUAAAGUUCUUCCAUAUGAGAAUACUGUUCUUGAUCACUGCACUCUGCUCAGAGGUCCGGUCUAAAAUUAAAAAGGAUUUACAUGGAUCUACAUAUUUGAUUGAAACUUUGGAUUUGAUCCUGAAAGAAUCCAAUAAGGAACUAUCUGAGGAUCAAGUCAAUUUGGCUUGUGAAAUUUUAAAAGUUUUAUUUAAUUUAUCUGCGACUAUGCACGAAUCUUACAUGGACGAGAAAGAAGUUGCUUGUCAUAUGAGGCUCGUGAUUAUUUUGCACGAUUACUUGGUAUUCGAUGUAUGCAAUCCUGCGAAAAAAUUGGAAUUGCAUAAUCACAUUAUCAACUUGAUGACUUGUAUGCCAAUGAAUAGUUUUAAAGGAUUGAGGACGCCAAUUUUAGAUGGAGAAAUCGUUGCCAAAGAGUUGCAGUAUGAGGAACAGAACAUGACGGCCUUACAUGAAAUUCUUAGUUAUCUAAAAUGUAAACUCGAUGAAGCGGAUACGUUCAGCAAGCAGCGAGAUACGCUUCCGCCUGUUUUAGCAGUAUUAUUAAAGGCGGCACAGGUAGAUCGUUUCAUGCGAAAAUAUCUGCGGAUACAUAUACUUCCGCCGCUCAAGGAUGUUAUAAACAGACCGGAGCAAGGAAAUUCCUUGAGAAAUCACCUAUGCCGACUUUUAACGUGUCCUAUUAAACAGAUCCAUCAGGUAGUUGCUGAAUUGCUCUUUGUGAUUUGCAAAGAAAAUGUUAAUCGAAUGGUGAAGUAUACCGGUUACGGAAACGCUGCAGGACUACUCGCAGGCCGCGGUUUGUUGGGUCUUGGGGAGACGGACACUUCCGAGUAUAGCUCUGAUAGCGGCGACAGCGACACCGAAGAAUACAAACAACUAAAGCACUGUAUUAAUCCAGUUAUGGGAUGCUAUGAACCGCCGCAUCCGAAUCCAAUAGCUAAUAUGACCGAAGAACAAAAAGAAUAUGAGGCCAUGAAAUUAGUAGAAAUGAUGGACAAUUUGACAAGGACAGGAGUUGUGAAACCCUGCAGGAUAGGGCAGGAUGGACGCCCGGAACCGAUCGCACAUGUACUGCAGCUGCAAGAAGGGUUGCAGAAACAGCAAGUCCGCAUGGAAGAUGAUAGCGAUUGAUGACUUACAUUGGAAUUGUAUGGUUUGGACAGAAUGAAGAAGCAUUUGCGUUUUCUCAUGAUUAUUAGUAGUACUUAUUAAUAUUCACAACAUUUAGCAUUUUAUUAAUUUUAAAUCAAUUGUAUUUAUUUCUAUUUAA